AUGCCGAAAUCCGAGAGCAUGAAAAAAGAAAACAUAAGAUGGAUGAUUAAUUGUGAUAAACCUACACCCCUUGCGUUCUAUCGAUAUAUAAAACCAACCCAUCAUAACCGUGCAAAUGAGAAGUAUCGUAAUACUCUUAAUUCAGCAUUGGAGUGCAAUCCUAAAAAUAAGGAAAUACAGAAGAAGCUUACAAAAAUGCGAAACGAGUUUGAUGACGGAAAAUAUAAACAAGACUGGGAAAUUUGGAUGCAAGAGAAGAGAGCGACUCGAGUUCACUGUUCGAUUCAAGAGACCAAUGAAAACGUCCACAAAAAAUUCAAUUCAUUAGUUGAAAGUCAGAGCGUUAUUGUCGAAGUGAUGGCGAUCAAGGAUAUUAAUAUAGUGGACAUACUAAACAAUGCAGUUGAAUAUUCAAAGGCUGUGAAGGAGAUUUGUGUGGUCCAUACAAAAUAUCAUCCAAAUGAUGAAGCCAAGUCUCCCUUUCUGAUGCAGCUCUCAAUGCCGCUGGUAACCUCGUACCUUUCAGAAAUUGACAAGACAACUGAAGCUCUGAUUCCUGAAAAUAUUCAUGAUUUUCUCACAACGUUUUUCUCGCAAGAUAAUAGUGGAAGUGAUACGAACCUUGCAAUAAAAGUUGUUAGUAUAGAUUGUUGA